GAGUUAACACGGAUCGACCACCGAUUCUACCUGUUGUUUGAAGCGAAAAGUUUUGGGUGUAUGGUAGUGUUGACGAAACGAAUCUCUUGCCAUUUUCAUGCAAGUGGAGUUGUUACAAAACUGUUUUCAAAAUCUAUACUCUUGUAGUGAGACAUGAAGUGACGUUUUAACGUGUGAAGCACCAAAAACCAAUCUGUGUUAAAUAAUUUGAUUGGGCAUCAGCAUCAACACUAUAUAUUAUUCUACUAAGUAACUCUAAGUAGAUCUAUUAAGAAGCUACACUUACGGCUAUGUGCAGAAUAAAUGUAACCACGUUUACAUUAAUUUUAGUGUUCACAGUCGGGAGUCUAAUGUCGGAUUCGUUACAUCCUCCAGAUGGCUCGAUUAAAGAUUUGUAUGAGUAUCUUCUGCAACGGGAAUAUGCCGCUCCUGUACCCUACGCCGAUCAUCAAAUUAAGCGAAAAGCAGUAAGAUCCCCAUCACUGAGAUUACGUUUCGGCCGACGUAGCGAUACUUCGAUUCCAGCUCUGCCAGAGGAUGAUGACGAGGCGAUGGAUCAGAGAGCUAUCCGGGCUCCACAGCUCCGACUCAGGUUUGGAAGAAAUGAUCCCGUUUGGUCUUCGUUUAACGAAAACGCGCUGCUCGAGGAAAACUAUGACAAGCGAGCUCCUUCUCAAAAGCUUCGAUGGGGCCGUUCGAAUUUAUUUGGCAAUCUGGUCAAUCAGUAUCAGCACAAUGACGUUAUGCAGCAGAAAGCUAUAAGGGCUCCACAACUCAGACUUCGCUUCGGCAGAACUGAUCCAUCCUGGUCAAUAUACAAUGAGCAUCAACGCACUAUUGCAGAGCAGCCGAUAUUACCGAACGAAUCAAACAAAAAGCGUGCACCAUCCCAGAGACUCCGAUGGGGACGUUCCGAUCCGUCGCUCACUAGUAAAGGUUCAACAGAGGACAAGACAACGGAUGAGGUGGAAAAUGAUAGCACCGCCGCUGUUGACAACUAAACACGCGGCAAUUACCUGAGACUCUAGUUAUUGUCACUUGCAAAUCCCCAUAGAUUAAGUGAUGACGUCUUCUGAUAUAAACUACAAAGUAAACGUGCCAAAUACAAAAUACAAUAAUCUAUACUACUAACGAAGGGAUUCUCUUCCGUCUAUGGCACAACGCAGAACGACACACUCUGAUGCAGGAUCCGCAGCAUAACGAUAACUUUAUUCGAAUGAAACGUUUGUGAAUUUGAGCGUUUGAGGAUUUGUGUAAAAGUCGAUUUUGUUUGUCACAAAACCUGACAGCACAUUUUCAUCGAACAAUUACUAACCACGUCGGGAAAAAUAUACCUUAAUAAUAAGGAAAUCGAAGAAAUCAGUUAAACUUUCAUUAUGUAAAAUACACCCCGCUAUAAUAGCAUGCUGGCUUGAAAACGUUUAUCGUGAUAUGACUCUGUUCAGUUGUUGCAGUUGAGAAACGAGGUAAAAAAAUAUAAUAGAUUUGCUUAGGAGCAUAUUUAAAAAUCUACUAACAAAGUACCCACACCAUUCAAAUGUCGCUGGCGAAUUCAUUCACAAUAAAACAAUUAUCACUUUACGGUCAUUGUGGUGAAAAUUGUUUAUUUAAAUUACAUUUCAGUUAAAGUUUACCACUCCUUCCAAAAAUGUGCAAGCGAAGCAUAAAAUUGAUCAUAGAAUAAGACUAACCAUUUCCCAUCAGCUAGAUAGAACGUAAAAGAUCAGUAGACAAAUAAAUUUUUAAAAAAUAAUAAUUAACUAUACAGAGGGUGCACUUCAAUGUAGCGAUAAAAUCGUUUAUCAAUAUUACUGUACGUCACGCAUAUUUUAUUUAACACCAUAUUUCUACAUCAUAGAUUUUUGUGUCAGCCUUGCGACAUUUCUUCCACGGACGCAGUGGCCAAAACUAACCUUUGGCCCUAUACAAGGACAAAAAAACUCGAAAAUAAACCCAAAGAGAAAAUUCUUUAAGAAUAUAUUUAUUUAUUUAUUAAUUUUUUAUUUUAUUUUUUUUAUUCAUUUAUUUAUGUAUUUAUUUAUUAAUUUUUUUUUAUUAUUAAUCCAAGCUCCACAAUAAAAGGAAUUAGUGCUUUACGCAAGCACAAUAAUUUGCUGUAUUAAUUCUGUGCUGUUCCGGUGUGUUUUGCCAAUGAAUUCAUUGCAUGUGUGAAUAACUGCGCUGUUGAGAAUCCUGGCAGUUCGAAUAUCGACGUAUAAAAACAUAUUUUUGUAACUAACCUAUACUAGACAAACACACAAUGAUCAUAUUGUAUGUACAUACUAAUAUAUCAAUUAAUAUAUUAUGGAAAAACUGAA